AUGGUGAAAGAGGGAAUUGUGCUUGGUAAGAUCUCCUCUAGAGGCAUUGAGGUUGACCAAGCCAAAGUAGAAGUGAUAAAGGAUUUGCCUCGUCCCUUGAAUGUCAAGGGAGUGAGAAGCUUUCUAGGGCAUGCCG